AUGGAUCUUUACGACAAGUCACCGUUUAUGGGAACGGUUGACCCAGGAGUAGAAGGAGCCGUUUGCAAGAACCCGGCCAGGGAUUUUAAGGGACAAAGAUUAAACACCUCACCUUGGCUCUCGGCUCAAGAGUUGGUAGCUAAAGAAUGGCUGAUUCCUGGUGAUCUCAUCGAGAUCGAACGACAUGCAGGCAUAUUCUGGCUUUUUGGAGGUCGAGGCGGACUCGGGCAAUAUUCGCACUGGGCCGUCUACGUGGGGAAGUCAAAUGAUGGUCAACCGAUGGUCAUUCAUCGAACCGGAGAUAAGAAUGAAAAAGCAAAAGCCAAGAUUCGUCUCGGGAACUUUUAUGAAGUAGCCAAAAAGUGCAUCUGUUCGAUCAACAACUAUCACGAUGAUCGAGACCGAAUCUAUCCUCCAUCCGAAAUUGUCAAACGGGCAAAGAGCAAAAUCGGAAGCGAGGGCUACCAUUUGGCCUUCUCUAACUGUGAGCAUUUUUCGAUGUGGUGUCGCUACGGUUACACACACUCGGGCCAAGUGGAGGCCACGUUGAACAGCGUCCGUGGCCGGUCAUCU